AUGCCGUUUUGCUCGCAGCAAAUUCUCAGCCGUCGAGGUUUACUUGAUCGAACGUUGAGAAGCUGGGGUGUGAGAGUAUUUAAAUGUCCAAACGUUACCCCCACCCCCAAACCCCCUACCCUCACCAUCUCUCCGGACCUCUCACCUGAACCCUUGAUGCCGCCGUCCUCCGCCAUCCGCCGCCUGCCGGAAUCGCCUCCGCCCGUCCGCCGCCGGCGGAAAUCGCCGUCCGCCGGCGGCCGAUUUGUCCAAAUGCUCCCAAAUUUCACCACUGCCUCCCUUCACCUCCCCUUUACAAAUCCAGCCUUACCUUUCCUCAAAUCCCCUCCGAACCCCUCGAAUAGCCAAAAACAGUGGUUGCCGCCUCCGCCGUACACCGCGGCGCCACCUCCAAACUGCCCCAAAAUUAUACCCUAG